CCCGCAGUCUUUUCCUUCCACUCCAGCCCCACUGUUUCCCACGCCUCCACACCGCGAGCCUCCACAAAAACGUCCCGAAUCAGCAAAGAUUAGAAAAUGCGGAAACUGUCGAUCCAGCGCAUCGAUCCUUGGAAUUAUGCAUCUUUUAAUCUGGAUUAAUGUGAAGGAAUCGAUGAGAAAAAGAGGCCUCGAGUUUUUCCACUGGACUAACUGUACGGAGCGAAACUUUUUGGACGGUGUGAAAACACGGCGUGUUUUUUUAUCAUGUCAGUGAGACCGAGCUGCUUUUGAGUGACUUUUUUUCUCUGUUAUAGACCAGUUGGACCGUUUCCUCCCAGUGCAGAACUUUUUAUGGACUCUUUUCUCUCUGGAAACACGAUCAGACACGAUUUCUCCAUCUCAGGGGAUCCACGCAAGAAAGUGACGCGUCCGUGAACGCAUCAGGUAGCUAGCUAGCUCGUUAGCUAGCAUUCUAAGGUACAUUUUUAUUCGUUAUACUCACCUUUCGAAAAAGAGGCUCUUUAAAUGAACUACAACUGUUGAUGAAAAGUGUUUGUCUGAUAUUGAGCUGCUUGUUUUCUCCGAGAUUUUUCAGCCUUCUCGGUUGUUUUUAUUGAGUUGCGUUUACGUUCUCCUUGAUGCUCGGGAAUCUAAAGUUGAGAAAUGUACCUUUUGAUUACUGUGUGUUCACGGGAUUUUAGUCGCAAUGUGCAAACAACACUGAUAACACAGAACGUUUUAAUUUUGUUUUUUGAUGCUUAUGAGCUCAAUUAGGCCACUUUGUAUGGAAACUGACUUCUGAUUUCUAAUUUUUAACAAAUUAAAUGUGGCAAAUGUGUUAAAAAAGCAAAUAAAAUGGACAUAAUAAAGGCAUUUGUAUGUAAAGUAAUCUUUAACCAUAGCCCGCCAUUCUCCUAAGUCGGGUAUCGCAUUGAGAGUGACUCUAAGUGUGUUUUUGGACUGUGAAGCUGAAUUUUCCGAUUAUUCCUCCAGCACGUGAAGGCGGGUUAACUCCAGUGUUAGCCGAUCGAGCUAACGUCCAAACAUGCCGCAGCUGAACGGGCCGGACGGAGACGACCUGGGAGCCAACGACGAGCUCAAAGUUUUUAAAGACGAAGGAGAACAAGAGGAGAAGAGGAAUGUGGCCGCCGAACGGGACCUGGACGACGUCAAGUCCUCUCUGGUCAACGAGUCCGAGACCAACAGCAGCUCGGACUCAGAGGUGAGUUUUACAACGAUCGGGAACUUUUAUCGGGAUCCUCGGUUAACCGACUCUCCGAUCCUCCGCUCCUGCCCCCCCUCCGGUCUUUGUUUACGUUUGUGUUUGUGGUUUCUGCAGGCAGACAGACGCCCAAAGACAAAUCCAGACCUGGAGACCCGGGCCAGGCAGAGUCUGCUGUUUGAAGAGGGUAAGGACUCAAUCAGAACUUUCAGAUUCUGGACAGGGUCUGAGUGGAAAGAAGCAGAGGAACUGUUUUUUAUGGACCAUGAUGGUUUUAUGUUGAAUCACCAAUCUAUGCCAGAUGUGAACUGGAUCAGAAUCAGGACUGAUCCGGUUUAAAUCAUGGUCUUGAUUGACAUUUUUUAAAUUUUAAAGUGCAGUGAUUACAGAACUUUGUUUUGAGUUUGUUUGUACUUCUAGUUGGUGUAAGUUUUGUUGCUUGUCAAUGGUAAAAGAAAUUAAUCAUGUGACCAAAUAUUUAGGAGAUGGUCAUCAAUUCAUGGAGUCUGUGAAGGUUAGAAGCACAAAGGUGAAGGGGUUAGACAUUUAUAAAAAAAAAAAAAAAACAUUUUUUGAAUUUAGUCUGUCACAAGUUUGAUUAAAAUUGUGUUCAGACCAAAAAAGAUCAUUUUAAAUGAGUUUUAUACAUCGAUUGUGGUAUCUAUGAGCUACAACAUGAGGCCAAAAACCUAACAUAAAAGUCCACUAUUUUAGUUUAGAGGACUAAUAAAGUCAUCAUAGUAGUUCUGGGGUAAGUUGACCAUAGGAGACCACUUUUUUGUCAUGCUAUAUUAUCAAGAUUACAGUUCUGUUUACACUCAUUCUGUUGGUUUGCAGGGAUGAACAACAUCAUAAAAUAUCUGCAGAUACACUAGUUAGAGACAAAACUAGGAUUGACUUGAUGGAGUGACCCUAAAUAUGAAACACGGAUCAUCUUACUCCACUCUCCCAUAAUUGGUCUUUAUGGACCAUGAUGGUUUUAUGUUGAAUCACCAAUCAAUGCCAGAUGUGAACUGGAGCCUAAUCAAGACUUAUCCAGUUUAAGUCACGUUCUUGAUUAACAUGUUUUCUUUUUAACCCUAGCACACUUUCGCUAAAAUUAGUAACACCAUUACUAUCGCCAAAAUGAUAUACCCCAGAAAAGGUACUUGUCAUCAAAAUAGGACAAUACAUGACAAAGUAAAGUAGUUUUCUUUUAUUUAUAACUGUGCAAUGUCCAAAAGGAGGAAAAAAGUGACAUAAGGGGACCAUAUAAAAAUGCAACAAAAUAACUGAAAUUAGGCAUUCAUCAACAAAAAAUUUCUAAAAGAAAGAAACUGUAGACUUAUUUUCCAAAACUGAUUCCAAAACUUUGUUUAGAGUACUUCUAGUUGGUGUGAGAUUUGUUCGUCUCAGAUUUUCUUUACUGAACAGGUAACAGGAGUACGUUUGCUUCUGAGUUUUCAUCGUUGGAGUCUAUUCAGUCUCAGGUCCUGACAUUGUCUGGACUUUUCCUCUCACACAUGUCAUAUGAAGUGAGAGAUUAUCCACACUAAAGGGGUUCUUAACCCCUGGAGUUAUGCUGCAUUCAUGUGCUCCUCAGGAGGUCCCACAUGCCUUCACUGUAGAGUUAGGAAAUAUCUCUGAAGCUAUUACACUGGACCUGUUAUUAAACAUUUAAUGCCAUAGUAAUAAGUUUACCCCGUAUGGACAGCAAUUCAUGGUAAGAUUACAGUUUACAUUUGACCAACAGAACAUGGAUGAGCAAAAAGCUUCUCCAUUAGAAUAAAACCUUGUUAAUCAGGGAUGUUGAGGACAAAUAUGAUGUCUCCUGCACCAUAUCCAGGCAGGGUUAGUCCGUUUGGUCUGGUAGAGCAUGCAUAGAGAGGGUACAUUUAAGUGGAGGCAACUAUUGUCACAGAUUUACUGCAGACAAUCAUCCACUGAGCGCUUGUUUCGUACUUUAGCUCCCGCGAUGUUAGCGUUUGGAGACCGUCUGUAGAAACCAGCAGUCGCUGUAGCUGCAGUUCCACAUCAGAAAAACCUCUGCCCAGGUUUUGGUUUUGGUUUGUGUUCCCAUCGUUACAGAAAAAGGUUGGUUACACUAAAUCACAUGUGCAGGUGAAGUUGGAACCUUAAAUUGAAAACUUGCAGACAGGGGUUUGGAUUAAUUUGCUGUUUGUAAUGACACUUGAUGAAGCAGGUCAGCGGCACCGCUCGGUUUCUCUCGAAUCCACUGCAGAGGUCCAGAGGUUUGAAGGUACUGAGGCAGGUCAGGGUCUUUCUGGUUGUUUUUUCCAUGUCGAUCACAUUGAACCGCUCCAGAUGAAGCUGUUAUUUUUGCUACAGCGGCCAGUGAAACUUUUCUCACCGUUUUUCAACUUGAAAGCAUCAUGGGGUUUUUAUCUGCUCCACAUCUGCUCUGGUUGAAUUACAGUGUCCAGCCCUGCUGUCCUGAUAAGCUUCAUCCAAAUACCAGUUACUCACCACCAUCACAGGGUAACUGGUUCCACUGGUCUCACCAAAAGGACAGACUUGUUGCCCCUCUGCUAUGAGGAACUUUUCCUCCUCACCCUCAUGAAGGAACAACGUGUUCGUAUAGAUUUACAUGGUAAAGUGUCUGACCUCCUUUAUAGCGGUGAGUUGAGGUCAGACCGAGACUUUUAAAAACCUCUGGAGGAAACUCUGACACAUUCACCGUCUGAAAACAAAAUAAUUUACGUUUAAAAGCAUCAUGAAAAACAUGAAGGUUUUUAGUCUCUCUUGCGCCGUCAGUUUGUUUUAACUCUCGGUCAUUCACCGGAACUGACACAGUGAUUUUCCUCUGAAAUUCAACCAUGACUGGCGGCGUCCAAACAGAUUAAAGAGAAAACCUCCCACACUCUCUGAUCAGGUUUUUGAUAUCUGAGGCAGAGAUAUCAAAGGAUCGCUAUUAGAGAGUCGGUGAGCGCUGCGCCCCGCAAACACACCUGCAUUCCUGCUAAAUACCGUCAAACUUUAUCUCCUGACUUCAUAAUGAAGAUCUUUUAACUUUGAGCUGGGUCUAACUUUCUGAGGUUUUCUGAUCCUGGUAGAUCAGGAUCAGACCUGUUCUGUUGGUGUCAAAGAAGUGAGAAGAUGGUCGAGCGGUUAAAAGUUUGUUAAAACUUCUCAUUAAAAAAUGAUAAUGACAGAGUGUUAAAGGUGCUCUUUGUACGGGGGUUGUACAUCUAAUGUGUCGGAGCAUUUCCUUCAACAUGACGUGAGUUUUAGGGGUUGGACUUUAUCCGGCGUGCCGCCGCCGUUUCGCAGAAAUGUCCCAAACACAGCGAGCAGAAACUGGGUUCACUCUGAUGACUAAUGGAAGUUCUCUUUAUUUCCUGUUUUAUUCCAGGGUUGAUAAGCAGAACCAGAACCUGAACCAGUCUCUGAGUUAAAUAAUAAUUCUCUCUUCAUGUGUCUCUGACGUCAAUAUGUUUCUGUUUUCUCAGCUCUGAGGAGGCGACAGGAGGGAGGUCUCUUUGCCCCCUCCCCCUAUGUCGGCUAUCCCCUCUUCAUGUUCCCGGACCUGGGGAACCUCUGCAGCCCCUACCUCACCAACGGAGCGCUCACACCCGGCGCCAGGACGGUAAGAAGACAAAGUCACAUCAAAUCCACUCACAUGCAGAUGGUUAUGAUAGUUUUGAGGUGAUGACCAACUUUUAGCUUUUACCUUCACACCAACCCGUUCCUGUUUUUAAAAUCUGUUCUGACACUUUAUGGAGUCAAAUAUUUACAUGAAACCAAAAAACAUGAUCUUUAAUUAUAUUAAAUGUCCCUUUUCUUAAAAAAAAUCAACAUUGAUCAAAGUUUGUUUUGGCAGAUUUCUAAAAUCAAACUCUGAGGUAAACUUCAGCUCCACUCUCUUUGUCAUGAACUCAUUUGUAAACCUUUAAAUGAGAAGUUAUAACAGAAAAAGGACACAUUCAUAAAAAUAAAAAAAAACAUUUAUAAUGAACAGAUGAACAAAAAAACAUCUCCUUUAACAAAAUCCAAACAUGUGAGGAUGUAUGCAGCUCAGAUCUCCUCAAUCAGGUGACCUACAUCUGCCAAACCUCCAUCAUAUUCCUUUACUGGUUGAGGAAAAACAAGGAUGUAGAUUUGAAGGUUUUCAGGAGUCCACAUGAAGAAAACCAGAACUGAUCAGAACCCCUACUCCUUCUGGGAGUCAAAUCCAGUUUGGAAGGUCUGAGUCCGGAUCUUCAGACCUGGUUGUUUCGCAGAGACGCUGACAUCAUGAUAAUGAAGUCGUUCUCUCAGCCGCAGGUUCAAGCUGCUUCACAUUGUUUUGCAAAUAUAGACCUGGUUACCACUGACUCACCAUUGUCCUGAGAGCUGCCUUUGUGCAUUUAUGUGUGUGUGUGUGUGUGUGUGUGUGUGUGUGUGUGUGUGUGUGUGUGUGUGUGUGUGUGUGUGUGUGUGUGUGUGUGAGAGAGAGAGACAACAGCCUGCAGCCUGUUAUGAUAAGGUGGUGUGUGAUGGUACAGGGUUAGACAGGCCUGGACUCGGUCUGCAGCAGGAAUGAGCUCUGUGCUGAGCUGCAGAUUAGCUGCUGCUGCUGCUCCACGCUCAGAUUGACAGCCUGUUGCCCAAUUUCCCGUUCCCUUAAGCUUUCUGGAGGCUCAGCCCGGAUUAUCUGGAUACUGUCUGAUGGUUUCAUACAGUAACACUCAUCACAACUAAUCUAAAAAGUGCCUGGUUGGCACAGCAAGAGUGCAGAGAUGGUUCAGAAGAAGGCUGUGGAGGUCUGUGACUCACUGCUUCAGGGGUGUUCUGGUUCUGUUCUGACACACAUCCUCUGGUUCAGACAGACUCUGAGUGAGGGGUCAGCUAAGGUGGUUUUGGACGUUUAGGCUCAUGUGAGCUGACUGAAAUGUCUGAAGGGAUGAGAACUGAAGAUCUUACUGAUCUUAUUGCUUCUGUUAUCAAUGAUGGUGCCUUUAAAGAUCAGCUGAUCGUAGGUGCAGCCUCUGAUUGGUAAAAAAAAAAAAAUCAGGACAAAGUGGUAUCAGAUAAGACUUGAUCACUAAACUCUGUGCUUAGAAAUACUCUGGGCUGUGAUGUAGGGCUGGGCGAUAAACCAAAAAUGUACAGAUACCGAAAUUUACGACAAUAACCAAUGUCAAUUUGCCCAUAUCGGUACAUUUGGUGUCAAAAAACUCAAUAAAUCAAAGUUGGUUUUGGAUGUAACCGGUAAUUUAUUGAUGGUCCCUCAUUCAACACCCGACGUUGACAGCGAGGGUGCCGAGUAGAUUUAACUGCGCUGCUGUUGUUAUUCCUGGUUAUGGAGAGUGAGAAGACACCAGUAGAUCUUUAGUAAAUGUCUGUCAAAUAUCCAACCUAAAACUAACUUCACAGCCGUAUUUACAUGAAAAAACAUUUGUUGACUCGGCUGAUCUUUUUUAAAUGUGCACAUGUGACCCUAAAUACAUUUUGGAAUUCACACACAUCUAUUUUUAGUCGCUAAUACAAGUGAAACUGUCACACUGUCAAGCCCUGGUGUGUGUAGGUAGGCUAUGGUCUCAUGUCAGAGAUGUGACUCCGCCCCAUCCAGUCAGUAACAAAGAGGGGAAGACAGGUGAGGAGAUGGAGGACAGUUCAAAAGUUGUAGCGGCUGAAGUAGAGGAAGUUAAUGUGGGAGGGGGUGAGCAGCUUGUGGAGUAGUUAUCGUCCAUUUAUCGUCAAUAUAUAGUGAUAUUGAUUUGAGGCCAUAUCGCCCACCCUGACUGCAGUGCCUCCUCUGCUGCCUCACGCUGAUUUUGAAGAGUAACAGCCGCUCCGCUGCCCCGGCGUUGUCUUGAAGAAGCAAAAAUACUCCCAUGAGGUCUUGCUCAGGUGUGUGUCGUUGUGGAUUUCUGCUCAGGGUGGCUGUGAUUGCAGCACACCACCUCCAGUUUUACAGAAAAUCAUUUCCUGAAGUCGAAGCUUUUUAUUCGAUGGUCAGGUUACAACAAGGAGAGGGAGCUGAUUGGCUGCUGGACAGUGUGUUUGGAGCUCAUUAAGGUUCAAAUAUGAACUGUUUUACCUCGUGGAAACUCAAAUUUAGGACAAAAGUGAGACCUAUAUGUCCGUAUGUCCUCCUGGGGGGGUCAUUACAGUAAUAUAAACGUGAAAAACCUGCUGAGUCAAAAGUCUUUUCUGAGGUCUUCACACUCGUCUUGGUUUCUCUUCACUCUUCUGGUUUGUUGUGAAAGUCUUGAACCCAGACACGCACGCAUGCACGCACGCACGCACACACACACACACACACACACACACACACACACACACACACACUCUUUCUCACACCUGCAUUCCUCAGCUUUGUAAGGCCCUCCCCCUGUGUUAGUGGGUCAUUGUUGUCAUUAGCAGCUCCUGAAUGGUCCUCAUGCAUGGCUCCACAGGGGUGUCGUUACACCUCAUUAUACCCAACACACUGCCUGUGGCUUCUGCGGACACACACACACACACACACACAGGUUUCCACUGUGGCCGUCUGGAUGAUUGUUUGUGCUCAGACUGCAUGUUGUCUUGAGACAACACGGUCACUCCUCCUCCUCCUCUUCCUCCUCCCUCACAUUUCUCUGCACACAAUGGAGAGCUUGUGUACUCAAAGAUGGAGCGUUAGGUGUGUUUAUGGGGGACACAGGAGGAGGACAUGCGCCUGCCAGUCUGAAGGCGAGUCAAGGUAAACAAGCCACGGUUAGCCGGACGCUACCUGAACCAUAAUACAGGCUGUUUACUGUGAGAGCGGGCAGGAAGCAGGAGGCUGCAGGGAGACAACCUGUCUGCCCGCUCCUCGCUCAGCCCCCCCUCCUCACCUGACACCCAGUCUCUGUGGAGGGACUCUUCAACCUGGAUUAGGAAACAAAAGGAGGAAAGACAGAAAAAACAGAGAAGCAGAGAAGAAAACAGGAAAAGUGAUCGGACUGAAAAAGAGAGAGGAGACCUGAGGAGGGGAAGGAGAAGGGGGUCUCCAAAUACCCUCCAGAGAAAUUCAGAGUAGUAAAAAUGAGAAGCACAGACUCAGGUAAGCGUCCAGGUGAGUCUGUUCCAGUUUACACCCUCUCUCUGGUGUGUUUACAUUUACAUUUUUUAACCUGUUCGUGUUAAAGACUCCAAACUUUUCAGAAAUAACCUGAAGAAAAUCCUCCCACCUGUCCACCGCAGCGCUCAGCUCAGCUCAGCUGUUUACACUUCAGUGUGUGUGUGUGUGUGUGUGUGUGUGUGAGUUUGAACCAUGAAGUGUAGAGGAAAAAGAGCUGAGCUUACUCUAAAACUCAGUCAUGCACACAGUCACUCAAACACACACACUCAGGUGUGACUCUAUACCUGUGUCACACCCGAGCAGCAGUGAAUGGUCUGAGCAGAGCAGAGAUAAGCUGUAGGUGUGUGUGUGUGUGUGUGUGUGUGUGUGUGUGUGUGUGUGUGUGUGUGUGUGUGUGUGUGUGUGUGUGUGUGUGUGUGUGUGAGUGGAGAGACGUCAGGCGUCACGCUUUCAACUCCUGCUCUGUUGUAAAGGUCCGUGUUGACAAAGCCGACCAUCUGUGUGUGUGUGUGUGUAGCUGGGCUCUCUCUUGUUUAGUUAAAGUUGCUCCCUUUCAGCAGAGUGAACAAUCCCAGAAUUCCUCUGUUUACUCCACAUUGUCUCUGGAGUCUUAAAAUACCAGGAGGAUGACCCUGCUGAAAAAACAAGUUCAAACAUACAUACAUGCAAACAGAGACACACACACACACACACACACACAUAUGUCAUAGAUUAACAGUUAGCUGACAGCUCCUGAGUGGGUCUGCAAGAUCUGAACUAACCUCUAAACCGGGACAGAUGACUCACUUCUCAGACUUUGAGUUUUGGAUCAGGGUGUCAGGAAAACCUGACCCUGGAGUUUCUGAGCAGACCCCCCUGAGUACAUGUAACCCCCCUGCUGAUAUAUAUGCUGUUCAUUUAUGAGAUUUUAACCCUUUAACUGCUGAAUCCUUCGUUUUUAAUCUGAGCUGUUUGUCCUGAAUCAGUCUGUGCUGAACUGGUAAGGUCCUCUGUGUAGGGCUGAGCGAUAAAACGAUAACGAAAUAUAUUGAAAAUCAAUUUCCCUCAAUAUCAAUUUAAAACAUGGUCAAUAUGCUUUCCGAUUGUCGACAUUCUGCCAUGUUUUGGUAGACUAUACAAAUAACCAAUGAAAAGAGGAGUUGCUUAGGGUCCGCUUUAGGCCGAACCAUUCAUGUGCUGAAUUAGAACCAAGUAUCAAACAACUGUGUUGUAGCAGACAGCAGCUACACCCAACCAUAGCACUUAAACAGGUGAAGCCGACAGCACUGUUGGUGAGAAAAAAAGAACAUGAGUGCUACCCCGACAGAAAUGACCACGAAGGCUCAACAGAUGACGACAUCGUUGAGAACAAUGGUACGAAAAUGUCGGUGGUGUGGAGGUAUUUUGAUUUUUUGAGGCCGGACAUGAAGCAGAGUAAUGUGUACUGUAAAUUAUGUUGAGUACAUGUUCUCACAAAGUCGGGGAAUAUCUCAAACCUUUUUCCCCACCUGAAGCAGCGCCAUGCCACAGAGCAUGCGCAACUCAAAAGGUUACAAACCCCGAGAGGACCAAGGAGCCCAUGGCGCCUGUGCGGCCGAAACAGCUGACCAUUCAGUCCACUUUCUCUAGUGCAACGCCGUACGACAAAAUGUCUAAGAGACACAAAGACCUCACAGAUGCAGUAGAUUAUUGUAUUGGAAAAGACAUGCGACCAAUAAACACUGUUAAAUUUCAUUUUUUAUAUUGUGAUAUAUAUCAAUAUCGACUGAUAUGAAAAAAAUAUAUUAGGACAAACUUUUUUCCGUAUCGCCCAGCCCUACCUCUGACUAUCAUUUUAACAUUUACAGGGCUUCUCUCUUUCUCUCUCUCUCUCUUUCUCUCUCUCCCUCUCUCUCUUGCUCUCUCUGUCUCUCUCUCUCUCUCUCCCCCUCCCCCUUAUUACACUCUUACUUUUCAGUGCAGUCUUUCGUAAACUGCAGUCAGCCUAAUAAGUUCCCCCCCAGAGUCACACACUGAUUUUAUGCUUCCCUCAGUAAUAGUCUCUGAUUGUGCAGGAGUGUGUGUGUGUGUGUGUGUGUGUACAUAGAUUUCCUGGUAUUUCCAACAGCUGGAUCCAGUUAGUCUCUCAGCCAGAGCUUCCUCGGGCCUCAGAGCGGGGGGAUGAGGCUGCAUUGUGGAGUAAAAUCUGUGUGUGUGUGUGUGUGUGUGUUCAUGUUCAGGAGGGUUCGAAAUAGUCAUGGGGGUUUUCUCCAGCAGAACAGGGACGUUUGCACAGGCAGGUUUUUGAACGUGGUCUUUGGAUCAGAAUAAUUCAGAGUGUUUUAGUCCGGCUGUAAUCCAGUCCCUCUGUGGACUAAAAAACUGGUUCCUGUGCAGAGAAAUGAAAUUCCUGCAGACUUCUCCAAACCCUGAUCCACUUCAGCAGGAGCAUCAUCACCAUAUUUAUAGGCAGGAAACAGCAGCCUGACCUCUGACCCCUGUUUACCAUAGACUGGUGCUGCUGGGACUGCUGAGUAAACCGUGUCCUGAUCAGUUCAUGUUUACAGUUUUAAUGAUCUGCCCUGAUGUUCCUGGACUUAACACCGGACCCCUUUAGAGACCAGAGGAACGACAGUUGUUCUCAUUGGUGGAUUGGUGUUUCUUUAAAGGCCGCUUCCGCAGUCCAGUCCUCCACCUGUCUCCUCUCUGCUCAUUUCAUCCUCAUCAGUAUGUGUUAGUGUUGUGUAGUUCAUGAACGAUUUGUUCGAAAGAACUGCUGAGUGAACGACGUGAACGAAAUCACUCUGAGACCUGAUUCGUUUCUUUCUCAGUUCAGUUGAGCUCAGCCAUGAGCCUGACGUGCCGGUUGGGAGUGGAACUGCCACCUUUGGCUCUUUGAUGAACAACACACAGAGCGCAGGCGGGCAGACUCCCAUGAUUUGCUCAAAGCGAAUAAACAACAUGUGUCAGUCAGACUGUGAACAAAACAAACGACUUCUGAACGACAUAAUGCAGGCAGAGGAGGGAGGGGUGUAGUGUCGUUCAUUUCCUGCAGAGCAGCGGUUCGUUUACUGAGGCUCAGGCUACGUUCGCACUGCAGGUUAUGAUGCACAAUUAGGAUUUUUUGUUAAAUCCAAUCUGUUUGUGCGGUCAUUCACAUUACAACAACAAAUGCGGCAUCUAAUGUGAACGGAAUGCGUCCGUGAAGUGACCCACAUGCGCACAAAGCACAAAUUGCUUUCCGCGCCUGUUUGUGUUGUCGAACAGUGGUGACGUUUGUCGCAUAUUGAUGACGUAUAGGUCGGAUGAACACGACCUGACCAUCCACACUGCAGUCACAUCGGAUACAUAUCCGAUUUAUAUCCACAUACAAAAGAGGCCUGGGUCAGAUUUGAAAAAAUCUGAACUGCACUGUUCACACUUACAUGAAAAAAUCAGAAAUGUGUCACAUAUGGUUAAAAAAUCGGAAUUGACCUGCAGUGUAAACGUAGCCUAAGAUAAAACAGGUUACUGGCAGGAUGAGGCUCCGAAGCACUAACUGAUUUAGUGAACAAAUCUUUUGAACGAAUCGUACAGUGAACGGAUUCUAAAGAUUCAGUACAGUCCUUUGACAUUUGUUUGGAAAGGACAACUGGACUUACUUCAGACGUAUCGCCCUAGUCACUGAUUCAGUGAACGAAUCUUUUGAACAAAUCGUUUCAAUGAACAGAUUCUUAAGAAUUAGUACAGUCCUUUGACAUUCGUUUCGAAAGGACAACUGGACUUACUUCAGACGUUUCGCUAGAUGAAAGUCAGAAUUAUGAACAAAUCUUUUGAACAAAUCCUGUCAAUGAACAGAUUCUAAAGAUUCAGUACAGUCAAAAGAACGGCUAAAGAUCUGCCUCAGGAUCUGGCUCAUGGCGGUUAUUUUAGAUGUUGUGUUUCUCCACCAGCAUGACGAUCACUCUUUAAGUCAAACUCAAGUAUCAGGGUCCACCAGAAAGUUCACACCUUCCCUGACCUCUCUAAACCGUCCAAUCAGAGGACAGAGUCUGGUCAGUGUGAGACCUCAGACCGCCCUCCUUUCUCCUCUGUUCAGGGGUCAGAGGUCACACAUGUGAGUCUGUUGACGUCACUCACAGUUCAGUGAGCCCCAAAGGCUUCUUUUCUGUGUGUGUGUGUGUGUGUGUGUGUGUGUGUGUGUGUGUGUGUGUGUGUGUGUGUGUGUGUGUGUGUGUGUCCCAGUUUCAAAGGACAUGGUAGUUUCUGGGUGUAAAUGUGUGGAGGGGACUGGGGGGACAGGGCGAGGUAAACGCUCUGGACUCUGUUCUUUGUCUGAGUUGAGAUGCAGAUACCCCCCCCCACACACACACACACACACACACACACACACACACACAAUCCUCAAACUGAGCAUGCUCCUGAGAUGUUCAUUAUGUUUAAAUGGACGAGUGUGUGUGUGUGUGUGAGAGUGUGUGUGUGUGUUCAUUUGUUGAUAUGGGUGUGUGACUCUGUGUGUGUGGGUGUGUGGGUGGCUGUGUGUUUGUGUCGGUAGCAGGAAUGUCAACAUAUGUGAGAUGAAUCAGAUCAGAGCGUGUUAUCUCACCUGGUAUCAGGUGUGCGGAUCGGCUUGAACAACAAUAUCCUGCUCUGUCCGCCGUUUCUGGAAGGUUCUCCUCACGUAGAGGAAAAAAAUCCUGUUAAGAGGAGGUUCAGGGUUCACCAGAAUUUCCUCUUCUAUCACCAUGACGACCAUGAACCCAAGAAAAGUCUGUGAAUAUUUACAGAAUACAGAGUUAUUUAAAGAGGAGGAGGAGGGAGGUGUGUUUUUGUGAAUCUGAGGCGGCGUUAGCAUGACAAGAUGAAGACGCUGUAGUGUAGAAUUCCUCAGGCCAUUAGGUGCAUAGGACCAUAUUCCGGGUGGUGAAGUCCAUGUGGACCCACUCAGGGAUUAUUACCUCUGCCAAGGAGGUUAUGUUUUCGGUAGCGUUGGUUGGUUUGUUUGUUUGUUUGUCUGUGAACAACUUUACAGAGAAAGUUACAGACGGACUGACCUGAAAAUUUCACCAGAUGUGCGUCUCAGCCCAAGGACGAUCCCAUUACAUUUUGGUGGUGAUCCGGAUCGCCUUCUGGAUCCAGGAAUUUUUUGAAGGAUUCUUUAUCAUUGUGAGAUAGGGCAAAUUUGGGAAUUUUUGCAUUUUUCUCUAUAAAAAUGGUCAGAGUCUUCAGUAAAAAAUUACACAAAAGGAUCUUAAUGAGUUUUAUGAGGUGUCAAAGGUUGAUCCUGAUCCAGACAAAAUUCCGGAUACUGUGAUCCAGAACACACAAAAAUAAGGGUGUCGUUGGAAUUUUCAAUGCUGAAAGAUAACCAAUGUGCGGCACAGUGGUGUAGUGGUUAGCAUUGUCGCCCCACAGCAAGAAGGUCCUGGGUUUGAAUCCGGGUCAGGGCAUUUCUUGUUUUAGGAACAUUAUGAACAGUGAACAUUCCAGUUUAAACACAAAUAAAAAUUAAUAAAAGACAAGUAACACUUAAAGCUUUGGUGUGAAUCACAAUAUAAAGGGGGACAUGAGCUGCUUGGCAGAGGUCUGCGCUCUCCGAGUGCUUUUGUAGUACUUAUGAGAGAUUCUUAAAAUAAACCAUAGAAAAAUUCAUAAAAAGUGAAAUGGUGGUGCAGAAGUCUACAUAUCACUUGUUGUGGGAAUAGUUUCAUUAAAGGAAACGCUCUCUUUCUGACGUCUGUGUUAAAGGUCUCUCUCUCUCUCUCUCUCUCUCUUUCUCUUUGUCUCCACAGUAUCUCCCGUUUCAGUGGCCUCUGCUCGACGUCCCCAGAAGAGCCGCUAUGAGAGACUCAGCAACUCCCACACACCUGGUAACUCUAACCACAUAUUUAACGAGCCUGUACUGAGGUGGUCCGGUUUACCGAGUGGUCCAGAACCAACUCUUUAGUUUCAGAUUUUAAAGUUAUCAAACCAGAGUUGAACUCUGAACAGGUGAAUGACUUGAAUGACUGAACAGGUCUUUGAUUUCCAGGUUAUUCCAUCAGAUAAGGCGCCGUUCUCACAGCCUUAAUGUUUUGAUUCAGAUUAUUAGUCAGAUAUUCGCCUCGUCUGCGAGAUAAACUUCUUCUUGUUUGUGUCGCCUUCCUUGAGUGUCGUGAUUUCCCAUGAAACAGCUUCCUGGAUCGUUUUUACUUCCUUCUAGAAAAUCUUAAACGAUGUCUUUCCUGUAUGUUUCACAAGUGGAGAGAGAGUAAGGGAGGACAACUUCCUUUUUCGGUCUGCUGAACACGGCAGCUGACCCCUCGCUGCCAUCACCUGAUUUCAACUAGAAAUAAAAAGAAGUAAAAAUACAUGAACUGUCCCUUUAAAACACAGACAUCAAACCAUCAGUCUGAUCCUGAUCAGUUUUUUAACAUUUCUCUAAAAUCUCUCAAGUCCUAAAUUGAUCUGCUCUCAGUCCUGAUCAGUCAGAGGAGCUGGAAUACUGCCCCCUGGUGGACAGAUCGCUCUGCUACACCCCCUCUGAGCUCCUGUCUUCCUUAUUUGUUCACAGUCUAAUAAUGUGUCCAUGGUGCAGCACCCUCACAUGACCCACCUCCACCCGCUGCUGCCCUACGGCCCAGAGGCCUUCUCCCCUCAGAGGGCCUCACCUGGUUUCUCACCUGACGCAGGUAAGUCCCUCCGCCGUCACUUUCUCCUCCCUCCUCACAGACUUCUUCGGUAACAUUUUACAAUAACCAUCAGUUAUAAAUGGUAAAUAGAGAGUUUAUAAAACUGUCUAUUAAUUUAAAAAAGAGCUGUAAGUUAAUAGUUACCAUUAACAAGCAAUAAAAUUAUGAUUAAUAAUUAGGGCCCAACCAAUAUGGAUUUUUUGGGGCUGAUGCAGAUUACAUAUAUAUAUAUAAUGUACUGUAGGCUACUGCUCUUCAUGCCGACAAGAAGACCGACUGAUCAAACUCGGACCAGAAAAGCGUUUUCAACAAGAUUCUCAUGAGGUCGCUGCACCAUCUACAGGAUAAGUCGGGAAACUUUUCAAAUGGCGGAACAUUUUCAAAGUGAAAUCGAAUCUUAUUUUCCACAUUUUAUUUCUGAAAAUAUUGGCAAAAAUCAGCUAAUUUUGGACAAUUACCAAGUAGUCUCAAAGUGGCUUCAAUUGGCCAAUUUCUCGCCGACAAAUCAGUCAGGCCCUAUGAAUAAUUUUCAUGUAUUGGUUUAAAUAUUGGUUGUAAAAGAACAAAUUUAAAAUUGUGUCAGUAGAACUUGUUGUGGUUUAUAUUUGGUUUAUAAACCAUCUAUAAACAUUACUGAGAUGGUUAGGGUUAGGUUUUUAAAAUUGUAAAAUUUACAAUUUAUUAAUGGUCUAUAGACUAUUUAUAAAUUAUGAUUCAACAUUAAUGAACUAUCUGCUUACCAUUUAUAAAUUGUCGCUUUUACCAUUUAUGUUAUGGUUAUUGUAAAGUGUUACCACUCCUUCAUAUUAUCUGAGUUGAUAAGUCUGACCUGUGUGUACCUGUGUGUUCUCACUUGUGCUGCAGGUAUGUCCAGGUCCCCCCACACCCCCUGCUACCCAGUCUCGCCUGGAGGUAUGGCUCAGAUCCCCCACCCUCUGGGACUGCUGUGAGUAAAACACAAAGACACAAACAGUUCGAACCUUUGGAAGACCGCAGCACAACUGACUCUGUGUGUGUGUGUGUGUGUGUGUGUGUGUGUGUGUGUGUGUGUGGGCAUGUGUGUAGGCAGGGACAGUCUAUGUAUCCCAUUGCAGGUGGAUUCUCACCUGCCGCUCUGGCCAUGAACCCCUCCAUGCCCAGGUGAGUGUUUGUCUCUCAGAAGGUAAAGACAUCUGUCCUCUAGACUGAAUUCAAACGUUUACCUAAUGUGUGUGUGUGUGUGUGUGUGUGUGUGUGCACCCUGCAGCCUGGUGUCGGGUUUCUCUCCACGUUUGGUGCCGACCCCUCAGUCGUCCAUCCCUCAUCCCGCCAUUGUCACCACGGCAGUGAAGCAGGAGCCCGCAGCGAGCAGCCAACCAGGGUGAGUCAUAGGAUCACAUUUAUUUCUGUUCGUUCGACGUUGGGUAAAAUCAGCUGAUAAAUCAAAACAUUAUCACCAUGGUAACCUGUGAUGUCACCCCGCAGGAAGUCGGCGUCUGACUCCCAGAAGCCAGAGAGAGAAGAAGAAGACAAGAGGCCACACAUCAAGAAGCCUCUAAACGCCUUCAUGCUCUACAUGAGGGAGGAGAGACCCAAAGUGGUCGCUCAGUGCAAAGUGAAGGAGAGUGCCACCAUCAACCAGAUCCUGGGACAGCGGGUCAGUCAAUGUGUGAGAGUGUGUGCAGAAGUGUAUGAGAAAGAGUGUGUGUUUGUGUUGAAGUGUAAAUGUUAUCAUUUUAUCAUUUAUCAUUAUUAAUAUCAUCAUUUUAUCAUUGAUCAUUAUCAGUAUUGUCUUACCACUAAUCAAUUUCAAUAUAAUCAUAUCAUAAUUUAUAAUAAGUUUUAUCAUAUUAUCAUCUAUAAUAAACAAUAUUGUCUUAUCAUUUAUCAUUAUCAAUAUUAUCAUUUAUCAAUGUCAGUAUUAUCAUACAAUCAUUUAUCAUUUUUAAUAUUAUCACUAUAUCAUUGAUCAUCAUCAAUAUUAUAAUUUUAUCAUUAUCAAUAUUGUCUUAACAUUUAUCAUUAUUAAUAUUGUUGUAUUAUCAUUUAUCAUGAUCAAUAUUAUCAUAUUAUUUAUCAUUAUCAAUGUUAUAAUUCAAUCAUUUAUAAUCAUCAAUAUUAUCACUUUAUCAUAAGUAUUAUCGAAUGAUCAUAUCAUUAUCAAUAUUAUUAUUUUAUCAUUAUAAGUUUUAUCAAUUUAUCAUUAUCAAUAUUGUUUUAUCAUAUUAUUAAUCAUUAUCAGUAUUAUAAUUCAAUCAUUUAUCAUUAUUAUUUUUUUCAUUAAUCAUUAUAAGUAUUUGCACAUUAUCAUUUAUCAUUAUCGGUAUCAUCAUUUUAUCAUUAUCAGUAUGAUAAUAUUAUCAUUUAUCUUUAUCAAUAUUAUCAUUUAUCAUUAUCCUUUUAUAAUUUAUCAGUCUUAGCAUUUACAUUUAUCAUCAUAUUAUCAUUAUCAGUAUAAUCAAUUGUACCAUUAUCAAUAUUAUAACUCCAUCAUAUAUUAUUAUCAAUAUUAUAAUUUUAUAAUUUACCAUCAAUAUCAUAAUUUUAUCCUUUAUCACUAUCAAUAUUAUAUCAUUUUUUAUUAUCAUAUUUUCAUUUGUCAUUAUCAGUACUAUCAUAUUUUCAUUUAUCAAUAUCAGUAUAAUCAUAUUAUCAAUUUUUUGUUUUCAGUAUUAUCAUAUGAUCAUAUUGUCAUUAUCAGUAUUAUCAUAUUUUCAUUUGUCAUUAUCAGUAUUAUCAUAUUUUCAUUUAUCAAUAUCAGUAUAAUCAUAUGAUCAUUUUUUUGUUUUCAGUAUUAUCAUAUGAUCAUAUUGUCAUUAUCAUUAUCAUCAUUUUAUCAUUUGUCAUUAUCAGUAUUAUCAUAUGAUCAUGCUCAGAAUGAGAAUCUGUGUUUCCGUCUACAGUGGCACUCACUGACCAAAGAGGAACAGGCCAAAUAUUAUGAGAUGGCUCGAAAAGAAAGACUCCUCCACUCCAAACUUUACCCCGGCUGGUCGGCCCGAGACAACUACGUAAGUUUAUCAGCUGACUCACACAUAACCACACAUCCUGUAAUAGACUACACCACAGUCUGUCAGUCUUACAGUAACAUUACGGUAAUGUUGUUUUUGUUCAGGGAAAGAAGAAGAAGAGGAAGAGGAACAAAAGUGAAACUCAGCUGGGAGGUGAGAGUGCAAUGAUGGGGAUGUUGAUGAUAAAGAUGAUAUGAAACCUCAGGAGGGGGGCGCUGUAACAUUCUGAGUUUAAACUGAUUUAAAUGGUUUUCAAAGAUCAGAGUUUCAUCAACAAAACCAGGACCAAGGAGACCCUGAGACCCUGUCCUGUGUCCUGUGACCAGCUGAUGUUUUCUCACCUGUACCUGACGUGUUUUUGUGUGUGUUUGUGUCUCAGGUCCUGAUGAAGACCUCCCCCUGCAGCUGAAGAGACCCCGCCCUCCCCCGGAGGAAAUCCCUCACACACACACCCCACACACUCAGCCCGCACACACACACCCCCGCUCCACACUCACGCAGCCUCACACCACCCCUCACCUCACGCACACACACCUGUCCCAGGCCAGCCCUGCCUCCUCGCUGGACUCCCCGGCGACGCCCACCACCGCCCUGGCAUCCCCCGCCGCCCCAGCGCCAACACACACCGAGCAUACACACUCCUCCUACAGCGGUCACAUGUCUCCGUACGGCGAGCAGCUGCAGCCGCUCUCCCUCACCACCAAACCGCACCGGACCCCCCACCCUCUGAGCCGCACCACCAUCACCCCCGGACCCUCCACACCCUCCUCCUCCUGUGACACCCCCACCCCCUCACCCCUCAUGGCCUCCUCCAGGUGUUCACCUCCUCCCCCUCCCCCUCCUCCCCCUCUGCCUUUCUUAGUCCCACCCCCUACCUCCUCUCACCAAUCAGCUGCCAGCUCCCACAGUGCCUUAAUCCAAUCACAGCCCUUCUCUCUCAGGAGAGCCAAUCAGCUGUGAGUGUCUCCUGAAAUCCAAUGAAAAUAAAUCAUGAUGUGUACCUCCUCCUCCUCCUGCUCCUCCUCUAACGCUGUAAAUAUGCCUCCUUUUUUAAACUUUUUUAUAGAUGGUUCACGUUUUAUAUUUAGUAUGAAAAGGACAAAUAAUUGGUCAAUAUUUGACUGCAACGCUAACUUCUUCAUCAUCAGACGGUGUAUUUUUGAAAUCUCACUUUUUCUACUUACUUUUUAUGAAUGAUCAUCUUGUUGUGGCACAGGGGUUUGUGUAUUCCUUUAAAAAUGUGUUUUUUUUUUUCUUCUUCACCACGUAGUAACGAAUGUUAAUCUAUUUUCUGGUUCCUCCUCCUCUCUGUUAAUAAAUAUCCACUGAGUUCUCAAA